AGGUGGCACCGGGCAGAGGGUGUGUUUUCUUUUCGUUUCCCUGCAGAGCGGGGGCUCGUGAGAGCCCGAGCCUAAGCGUCCUCCCCGCGGCUCCGCGCGCCGCACUCUUUUUCCCACCCCACCCCCUCGUCCCGGGGCUGCGCUCGGGCCGUCCGGUGCCCGGGGAGGGACCUGGAGGCCGCGGGGCAGGUCACCGGGGGCGUCGGCGAGUAGACCGCGGCCCCGCGGGCGAGCGGGCGCGCGCCGGGGGAGAGGCCCGCAGGGCGGCGGCGGCGGCGCGCGGGGGCGGGCGGGAGAGGCCGCGCGGCCCGCGAGGGAGGCGGCGCGAGGCCCAGGCGGCGGCGGCGGGAGAGCCCGACAUGAGCGCCCGGCGGCCGGACGGUCGGGCCUGAGGGGAAGCGCGCGCCGGGCGGGCGGGCGGCGACGAGGCCCGGCGGCCCCCGCGGCUGCAGCAGCCGCCCCAGAGGCCCCCGCGGCGGCGCGGCCGAGCCCCGGCGCGCCCCUCACCGGCUGCGCUCGCCCUCCCGCCCGCCCGCCCGCCCGCGGCCGCCGCCCCGAUGAGCUCGUACUUCGUGAACCCGCUGUACUCCAAGUACAAGGCGGCGGCUGCGGCGGCGGCGGCCGCGGCGGCGGGCGAGGCCAUCAAUCCCACUUACUACGACUGUCAUUUCGCGCCCGAGGUCAGCGGCCGCCACGCCGCCGCCCUGCAGCUCUAUGGCAACAGCGCCGCCGGCUUCCCGCACGCGCACCCGCACCCGUCGCCGCCGCCCGGCUGCGGCGGAGGGGGCGGCCCGGGCCCGGGUCAGGACUUCUUCCACGCCGGCGCGGGCAGCCCGGCCGCUGCCUACCAGGCCGCCCCACCUCCUCCUCCGCACCCUCCGCCUCCCCCCUGCGGCGGGAUUGCCUGUCACGGGGAACCCGCGAAGUUUUACGGAUACGAUAACUUACAGAGACAGCCGAUUUUUACGACCCAGCAAGAGGCCGAGCUGGUACAAUAUCCUGACUGUAAAUCGUCCCGUGGUAAUAUUGGCGAGGACCCAGACCACUUAAAUCAGAGCUCGUCUCCUUCUCAAAUGUUUCCCUGGAUGAGACCACAAGCAGCUCCUGGUAGACGGAGAGGAAGGCAAACCUACAGCCGCUUCCAAACCCUAGAGCUGGAAAAGGAAUUCCUUUUUAAUCCUUAUCUGACCAGGAAGAGAAGAAUCGAGGUCUCCCAUAGCCUGGCCCUCACGGAGAGACAGGUAAAAAUCUGGUUCCAGAACAGGAGGAUGAAGUGGAAAAAGGAGAACAACAAAGACAAGUUUCCCGUGUCCCGGCCGGAGGCAAAGGACGGGGAGCCCAAAAAGGAAGGCCAUGAGCUGGAAGAAGAUGGAGCCGAAGGCCCCACAAAUUAACGUCUAAACGUGAAAAAUAUACCACAGACUCUUAAGACUAAUGAUCAGCCAAUGCUGGUGGACGCCACCUCCCCCUACCCCUUCUUCUUUGGAAACGACUUUACCUGUGUUUCAAGCUACCUUAAUGUCACUGCUCUUGAGGUUUCUGCGCUUUGAAAGGGAUUUGGGCGUUUUUUAAAAAUUAGUUUGUAGCAUUGCAUAGAAGCAAUCCUUGAGCUGCCCCAUAGAAGGGUAAUUUGAUACCGACCUUGUAGCUAUAUUUUUAUAAUGGUAGUUUUUAAUGUCUGAGCUGGUGAUUUGCCUCAACAACGUAAACUUCCUAAUGAUCAGCACUAAAUGAUCGAAUAUAAAAUGCUUUAUUAAUCAAACAAGUGCACUUGAACAUUUUAAAUCUUUAUGGUGAGUAAAUGAGUAAAUUAAAAGAAGUCUAUUGAUAAUUUUUUUAAAAUUAUGCCUGCAGAAUAUUUACUUUAUAUUAUUUGAUUAAAUGUAUUAUUUAUAUUUUUCUCUCUGCUUUUGUAACAGUGGUUCAGGUGUCUUGUGGUUUACCUCCAGGUUUCUUUGAGCAUUUUGUAAAUGUCUGUCAGGGAAGAGUCUGGGCCAAACAUUGGAAAAGCACAUUGGCUGAAGAGUGCAAUGUACCUUAUCGUCCAGGCUCCUGAAGCCUAGGCGAGUGUUGUGCCAGGGACAGGAGUGUAAGGAUAAUGUCAAAGUCCACAUUUGGCCGUGCUUCUGUAGUCCAUGCGAAAUUAUGGCAAUUGAAGGAAUGAUCUAGAGAAUUAAUACUUGAAAACUAAUUGCAGCAUUUUCAUUAACUUUUCACUCUGGCAAGUGGCCUUGCUUUCAUUUUGAACCCUGCUUGUGGGCGCCUGUACUCUGUCUCUGCCUUUUCAAGUAGGUGCCAUAUUUAUUUGUAUUCUCUCUGCGCUGCUCGCAUGCACCUUUCAAGCCAGCUUGCUGCGUUCAUCUCCGAUGUCGGUUGGUAUGUCCGUCCUCUGCUGUUCUUCAGGAAAGCCAUGGCCUUACCUGUUUGAAACAAGCCCUGAGUGUAAACGCAGGAACUCCGAGUGUAAACAACCGCUUCAGAGCAUAGCUCCGUAAUAAAGAAACGGACCUCCCUAAAGAGCAGAGCUAAUGUCUUUGAGCGCGCGAGUCACAAACAAUGGCCAGGGCUCACACACACA